UGGGCCGGCGGUUGGUGGCUGGGGCCGAGGAGAAGGAGGAGGAGGGCGCCAUGGAGGGCCCUCUUCCCAGGGAGACCCCUCCGUCUUCCCCUCCGCCGCCGCCGCCUCCGCCUCCGCCUCCUCCGCCCUCCAACCCUGUUCUGCCGGGGAAGCCGCAGCGGGAGGAGAAGAGGGCGGCGCUGAGCAAAGUAGUUAUACGCCGCCUGCCUCCAAGCUUCACCAAGGAGCAGCUGGAGGAACAGCUCCAUCCCCUUCCUGCUCAUGAUUACUUCGAAUUCUGUACCUCUGAUCCCAGUCUUUAUCCUCAUCUCUACUCAAGAGCAUAUAUCAAUUUUAGAAAUCCUGAUGACAUCCUUCUCUUUAGAGAUCGUUUUGAUGGAUAUGUCUUCAUUGACAAUAAAGGGUUAGAAUAUCCUGCUGUGGUUGAGUUUGCACCAUUCCAAAAGAUUUCUAAAAAGAAGCUGAAGAAGAAAGAUGCUAAAGCUGGAAGUAUAGAAGAUGAUCCAGAAUAUAGAAAAUUUUUAGAAACUUAUUGUGCCGAAGAAGAAAAAAUAUGUGCCAACCCUGAAACCCUGCUGGGAGAGAUUGAGGCAAAAACAAGAGAACUCAUUGCUAGAAGAACAACACCACUUUUGGAAUAUAUUAAAAAUAGAAAAUUAGAAAAACAGAGAAUCCGAGAAGAGAAAAGGGAAGAACGAAGAAGGAGGGAAUCAGAGAAGAAACGGCUAAGAGAGGAUGAGAAACGGAAGCGCAGAGAGGAAGAAAGGCGGAAAAGAAAAGAAGCUGAAAAGCAAAAGAAAAUUGCUGAAAAAGAAAUAAGGAUCAAGCUUCUUAAGAAGCCAGAGAAAGGAGAUGAGCUAACCACGGAAAAACACAGAGAGAAAGAAAAAGUUGAAAUUGAAGACAGCAAAUGGGAGAAGUCACCAGGACAUGGGAGUAUAAAAUCCAAGCCACUGGAAGGUUCACUAAAGGAAAUUAAGGAAAAGUCACAAAAUGAUAGUGAUAAAGAGCAAAGAGAUUCAGACAGAAGAUUCCGUGAAAAAGAACCUGAGAGACAAAGGUAUCGGUUGGAAGAUGGCCGAAAGCACAGAACUCACUAUGAAUUUGACAAGUUUGUGAGAAGGAAUGAUGAUGAGGUGAAGUGGGGAAAAGGAUACAACCAAGAUCGAGGGAAGAAAGUCAACUACAACUACAGCUUCACUGUGGACACAGUAGACAAACUGGGUAAAGAGGACAAGUGUGAUGACAUGGCAUCCAAAAAGGAGCGCAUAAGAAAUAAGGACCGGCCAGCCAUGCAGCUAUACCAGCCAGGAGUUCGCAUUCGAACACAUACGGGGUCUUCAAAUAGGUCCUAUGACUGUGCUGAGAAAUAUUCCGAAGAGGCUUAUGACAGAAAGUAUGAGGCAGACAAUUCACCUGGAGGCGGUUCUGAGAAGAGUGAAGAUGCAGAAUAAAACAACAUGGAGAAAAACUUAAAUAUUAAGAUUUAGUUCCCCUCUACAAAUUCUAUGUUCUCAGAGCUGGACUAGCAUUAUUAUUACAGGCUUUAGCAGUAAUUUGGGCCACAUGUCCAAAUGUAGUUUACUUUAUGUGGUAGGUGAAGGAUUUGUUAAGUGUAAUGCAAAAUGAGAAGCACAUUUGUUCUGUUUAAUGCUGUGAAUAUUCUCUAUGCAUGUGAAAACAAUUUUCAUUUCCACCAUACAAAUAGAUGCAUAUUUGUAUGUUAUGAUAAUAAUCAUUUAACUAUUAUCCAUUAGGGUGAAUUUUAUAAGCAUUAUUGCUGACAUACUACACAAUCAAAUAGGUCCUUCAAUGCAUAAUGGACGUCAUGUGUUCAUAUGUGUAGACUUGAGAUGGAGAAAGAGUAUGAAUACAACCAACUGAUAUAUACAGAAUGCAGAAUUUGAAUGUUUCUGAUAACUCCUAAUAUAUUUUCAAGUUUGAGUUUUGUAUAAAACACUUCAGAAAAUAUUAUAGCUCUUUCACUCAGUUAAAUGAGAAUAAUAUUUUAAAGUGUAUUUCCAUCAGUUCUGAGGCAUUAUUAAUGUCUUCUAUAAAUUGCAUUAACUACAGAGGUCCUAGUAAGACCAUAGGAACAAGGCAUUAUACAUGAUAAGAACAAGGUACCAUAACUGUUUUUAUAUCAGUGAAGAGUUAAAAAAGACACAAACAACAUUUCCCCCAGUCCAGUAAUGAGUGCAUAGUAUAGGCCCAAAUUAGUAAGUGCAUAAUGAACUAUAGCAACUGAGACCAUCUUUUUAUUGGAAUGAAUCACAUGCUUGUAGUUAAGAUAAUAUUUCAAUUAUUAUGGCAGGGCUGUACUCCAACUUAAUAGAGGAUCUUGGGUGGUUAAAAGGUACUUUACAGAAUGAGAUUCAUAAUUUGCACAUUUAUGCCCACUGUCUGCACAUUGAGUUCCUGCCCCCAUCAUAUGCUGCUUAGGGCAUAGAGGAUUUCCCUUUAUUUUCAGCUUCCUGGGGUCAUUUUAGGCCCAUAAGAGACCUUUCUUUAAAAAAAAGAAGUGAUCUGAAAAUGAAUAUCUGGUUUACUAAGCCUAAAAUGGUUCAGGAGGCAAAAACUUGAAAACAUUGUCCCAUACACUCACUGAGGAGUGCUGGUGGUCAUUUGGAAGCAAAAAAAACAUUUUGGAGUGCAUUUUAGAGGCUUUAUGCAGCCCAUGGGUCAGCCUUUUCCCACUUCUCAUUUAAAACAUAGCCUGUGGGCAUAGAAGGGGUAUGCUUGACUCUUCCUAGUUGUAGCAUCUGUUCCCCCCCCCCCCAAGUCAGAUCUGUCCAUCUCAGAGCUGCCCCAGAGAGCUGGGGUAGAGGGGAAAGUGUGGGCAAGUGAAUGAUCAGCAUCACUUUCUUACUAGGAAUACAGUGGCAAUGUAUGUCUACCACUAUCAUACUAAAUUUGCUGUUCAGUUUGCUAGUCCAUCGGGUAAGUGUCAAUACAUUUACUUUUGAUUUAUUUUAUUUUGGUUUCUGAGCUGCUUCUCCCUGUAAGAGAGAAUGUUCAAACUGGGGAAAAGGCUAAAAAGUAAUGCAUUUCAUGAAAUAGCAUUUUAAAUGAUUUUGUCACUUUUUAUAUGUGAUUUUAGCAAUGUUUUGUAUGUUAGAAUUUCAUAAAAUAUGUUUUUACAUGUCACCAGUGGAAAUGAAAUGUUGAUAUGUAAAUGAGCAAUGGAACAGAAUAUUUCUGAGGGAGAACCAACUAUGGUAGUUCUCUCUAUUUACUGUGAUAGCUGAAAAUGCUUCUGUUAUAGCCAUUUGUGUUUUUCUAGUAUCUUUAAUAAGCAACUGAACAUGCCAUGAGGACAGUGCAUCACUUUGAUAUUGCUGACUUUUUGUUUGUUUGUCUAAAACACAUAACUUAUUUUACUACUUUUUUACAUCAUGUCUUUACUUUUUAUUACUAAUCGUACUAUCAACAUUCAAUUGUUUUAAUGUAAAUAAAAAUGAUCUUCUGGAAUUUGAGCCACUGGAAGAUUAAACUAAAAUAUGAUCAUCUGA